AUGGCGUUCACUCAGGCUGCCAAUUUGGUAGAGAAGGCUGUCGGUCAUGGUGAAAAUGCAUCGAUCACGACCGACGUGAGCAACUAUAAUAAUGAACAUGGAAUGGAGACUGGGAAUUUAAUCCAAGCGACGAUCUGGGAUGGCAAGAACCAGGUCAAAGUUGUGAAAAUGCCCAUGCCUAGAGUGGUCGAUCCAGGUGAUGUGAUCGUCAAGAUAACCGGCAGCACCAUCUGUGGGAGCGAUCUUCACUUGUAUCAUGGUGUCAUUCCACAGCUGGAGAAAGGUGAUGUACUUGGCCACGAAUGCUGUGGUGUGGUCGAGAGCGUAGGGCCCGAAGCCGAUAAGGUCAAAGUCGGCGACCGAGUUGUGGUAUCAUUCCCCAUCGCAUGCGGUGACUGCCCGAACUGUAAGAAAGAGCUCUUCUCGCAAUGUGAAAGAACCAACGAAAACACCAUCGAGAAUGCACUCUAUGGAAAGCGAACAGCUGGUAUGUUUGGGUAUUCGCAUUUCACGGGCGGCUUCGCCGGCGGCCAAGCCGAGUAUCUUCGGGUUCCUUAUGGUAAUGUGAACCUUCUUUCAAUUCCCGAUGAUGUACCCGACGAGAAGGCGCUGUUCUUGUCUGAUGUUCUGGCAACAUCCUGGCACUGCGUGGUUGACACCGGUGUCAAGAAAGGAGACGUGGUUGCCAUCUGGGGCGCAGGACCCAUUGGUCAGAUGUGUGCCCAAUUCAGCUUUUUCCAUGGUGCCGAUCGUGUCAUCAUGAUUGACGGUGGCAACGGGGCCUGGCGGUUGGACUAUGUAAAAACCAAAGUUCCCGAGGUCGAGACCCUUAACUUCACCGAUCUACCCAAAGGCGAAUCGGUCACAUCACAACUCAAGAAGAUGGUUCAUGGUGGACCUGAUGUUGCCCUGGAUUCGGAGAUUCUCAACGAGAUGAUCACAUCAGUCCGAUCAUUUGGACGAGUGGGUGUGACUGGAAUCUAUGCAGCAUAUACCAACCACUUCAACAUUGGAGCCCUUAUGGAGACUGGGGUUCGGUUGAUCGGAAACGGACAAGCCCCUGUGCACAAAUAUUGGAAAGAAUUGAUGGAGCUCAUCCAGAAUGGGCAACUUAACCCGCUAGACAUGGUGACUCACCGCGUGCGCCUUGAGGAUAUGGAAAAAGUCUAUGCUGCCUUUGAUCAGCGCGACCAGGGAAUGCAGAAGAUCUUUGUGCAGACCAGACACUCUGCUCCUCCUUCGGACGGCGCGCCAAAGUUGACGGUGAUGUGA